GCUUUCUAUAAGUCUAUAUAUAUACACAGACAUAUAUAUAAAUUUAUAUUUUGUUCGGACAUCAACAGAGUACUACGACAUAAUCAAAAAUGCUGUUAAUACUCUGUCUGGCGGCAUUGGCCUAUGGUAUGCCUCUCGAAGAGCCAAUCGAGUAUGGCAUAGAUGAAGACCUCUUCAUCAACAGUUCCUACAUUGUUGCGGGACAAAAGGCCAAUAACUGUGAAUUCCCAUCAAUCGUUUCAUUACAAAUUCAGAAAAAUGGAAAAACCUUCUUAUGUGGCGGUAGUAUCAUGGACGCAAACCAUGUGAUCACGGCUGCCCAUUGUGUGGCUUCAGGUGUGACGAGAAUUAUAGUAUUCUACGGAGCUACAUCUGCUAGACAGGCCAAAUUCACGUAUGCCACCAAAAUCAAUGCACACCCAGGGUUCUACACGACCAGCCGUGCUCUGCACAAUGAUGUGGCAAUACUGAAGCUUGGCAAACCCAUACUGAUGUCUACCUGCGUGAAAGCAAUACCAUUGGCAAGUACACACACGGAUUUCGCUGGAAAAACAUGUAUCACAGCCGGAUGGGGAAAAACAUCAUGGACAAGUCAGCCAACAACUUAUCUUCGUAAGGUCAGUCUCCCAAUCAUGAGCUAUAAGGAAUGCCAUGCUCAAUGGAAUUAUAUUGGUCAUGAACACAUUUGCGCUGGAGACUGGAUUCCUGGAGGUGCCUCUCCUUGUCAGGGAGAUUCCGGUGGUCCGCUCUACUGUAUGUCAAACGGUCACUAUGUCCUAGCAGGAUUGGUUUCAUUUGGACUUAAAUGUGAGUACGGCCCAGCAAUGUACACAAGCGUGUCGUACUUCCGAACUUGGAUUAAUGCGAACACAGUAUAACAGAUGCAGGUAUAAACGUUAUGUAAAAAUAUGAACAGAAUGAAAUAAAAUAAAAUCAAAA